AUGAGCCGUAGAAUAAAAUACUAUCAAGAAGAGGAUAUGCAGCCUUGGAAGGCUCUUGACUGGGAUACCGUCAAAUCCUUCCUCUGGAGCGGAUACGAUAUUCGCUGGGCUGGAGGCCAAAAGCAAGCCGAAGAAUGCAUUGACAAUGGAGUUCAUGGCGGGGAUGUUCUCGCCAUCUUCGAGUCUUUCUCGCACUUCAUAUGGAUUUUGAUGCGAGACAAAAAGAUCACUGUGGCCGAUAGCAGCCCGUUGCCAUCCCCACCGGAUAAGUUCCAAGUCCACAACAAUCUUUACUUCUGUCUUCAAGACUAUGCCGAGCAUUUCAAUGACACCUAUUCGAAAAGAAUGGAGUCAUGGGAUCAAGUUCGUAAAUGUCUUGAGGAGAACGGAUUCGACAAGAUGGAUAAUCGGAACACCAUCUGCAAGGCUGUUUAUACCGCUCUAUCGGAGUUCAUCAGUAGAGCAGGGAAUACUUCCAAUGCUUUGGUCAUCGCAAAGGCGCAUAGUGACAUGCGCUAUACUGCCGAUGAUGGCGGUUUUGGCAAGAGAGGCAGAUCAAACAUUCCAGCUUCAGAGUUCUCGCCACAGAUGUGGUUAGUAAACUUCGACCCAAGCGACACUGAGGCGACCAGAACAGAGAAAACGCAACGCGGUGUUAGUGCCAUCUUCAAGCUGGCCGCGGCGGGAGCUUCCUCUUACAACCCGCCACAACGGCCCCAGUUCAAUACACCGUACUACUUAUCUAAGGGGACGACCGUAGAGCUCACGAAGGCGGUUAAUCCUGGCAGUAUGGUCUCUUUUCAGUCAUCUCUUUGGGACUGGCGCACAUCACGUACGGGCGAAAAUACGAGCCUCGACCUCUUCAAUGAUGCAGGAGAUUAUCUCCUCCGCAUCUCGCUAAGACAGGAGGAACACCAGAUCGUUCUCAAUAGCCGACAUGCUAACGGGCCAUGGGGCUCUGAGGAGCGAAUUCACUUGCGAGACACUUAUAUUGCAUCGAACUUUAGUAUCUCUGUCCGUAACCACGGGGAUGGAUAUGAACUCCAGUUCAGCCACCAGCCAGCAGCAUACUAUAAAAAAAGGAUUCCUGGGGGUAUCUCUAGUGUCUCUUACAUCGCCGAAGGCAGUUACUCUCCAUUGUCAGAGAUACUGAUCGUCUCGGUGUUCGACGCCACAGAACAGUUAGCCCAGACAAGCCACCGUGCUGACUGUGAGGCUAUAGUGAGGGAAUAUGGGAAGUCAAACACGCCUCCUGUCAUAACCCAGCCAACAUUUAGACGGGGUGCCAACUUUGUUGCUGUGCCUGGACAGGAGAAAAAGGACAAUCUCGGCUUUGAGUAUGCCGAGCACGGCUACUUGGGAGACGCCAUUAUCCUGACUCUUUCCAAUGGUAAGGCGGUUCGUGGAAGAGACUACAAAUUCACUCUUGAGAAUGGGCUAAAUGUUACUUACGGUGAAAUCAAUGGUCUUGCAGGUGACUUCUACGGCACCCAUGACCCAAUUAGUGACGGUGCCAACGAAACAGAACGAGUCACCCGUUUCGUAGCCGCAUAUAACACUCUGGCCGGCCGCUAUGCGCGUCAACCUCAAGAAGCAGAAGCAAUCCUCAAAGUUCUCCAAACGGAAGUUGACGCCGUCAAUGCUGCACUUGCUCGCCACGAAGAUCCAUCGAUAGCAUAUAGCAAACUCCCUGGUCAGACCUGGAAGUUCCAGAAACUUACCAUGUUCCGCCCCCUAAAAAUACCCAGCUAUCUCGUACUUGCCAAGAAAAACUUCGAUCACUUCGGCGAAGAUGCUCGUAUCGCGUAUAACGCAGGCCAUUCGAAAGCUCUUGAUGUAGCUAUUUCCGGCGAUCUUGACAAGGCAUAUGCUAUGAACGCCUUCGCCGACCACUUUUUAGAAGAUUCCUUCUCAGCAGGCCACCUUCGAACUCCGCGUCGGUAUCUACAUUCAGAUAAUGUGCUUGACCCGGACCCUGAUUAUUGUGCCAAGUUGAUGCAUGAUGAAGAUAAUGCCAUUGGCCUCUUGGUUUCAAAUCCAUCAGGCGAAACGUGGACGGCUUACGGCGACAAACGCGCCCUAGACAAGGAAAAUCAAGAAAAUAAGGAUCGUUGCAUUGCUGCUAUACAGAUAUCUGCUAUCGAGAUAUACAAAGCAUGGGCAACCAAGGUAAAGCCCAAAGAUUAUGGAGCGUGGAAUCAUGCACCGACUCUUAUGUCUGCUCGAGGAAAGCAGCAACUGGCACCUCUCUUCAUUGGCGAGCAGCGACGUACUGUGAUAAAGGAUCGCAGAACAUGGAAUUUCACCAGUGACUGGUACUUUGAUACUACGGUUGCGCUUUGUCUCGCCAGCGGCUGGUGGAACUACCCAAUUACAAUCAAUGGGCCAUCCAAAGCGCUAAGCGGUAGUGACAUUACCGCCGUCGCGACAGGCUCGUCAGAAUGUAAUGUCUACCACCAGGAUUCCCAAGGGGUAAUACGUGAGUAUACUUACAACGGUAAAUGGAAUGCGACCAAGUCGCCGACUUUCAGCGCAAAGUUGUCCAGCCCUCUGGCUGUCAUCAGCUUCGAUGCUGGCAAGCAGGUUCGCGUUUAUUGCGUCUCAGAAGACGGAUAUCUUGAAGAGUGGUGCCACUCGCCCGGCCAGGACGAAUGGCUCUCCGGCUAUCUCACUAACUCGAAGUUCCGUGUGGCCCAUAAUACGAGACUUGCCGCCGUGCACUGGCACGAUGAUGGGUCGAAUAUUAUCCGGGUCUAUGCUCAAGAACCACACUCGGAUCAUAUUCAGGAAUAUUGCAGCGGGAAUAUUUGGACAAAAGGGGCUAAACUCCCAGUCGCUCACACCGGGUCCGGUCUGGCUGCUGUGUGCUGGAAGAAUAACGGCAUUCAUCUCCGGGUGUACUACCAGGCGACCGACAUGACCGUAAAAGAACAGUGUUGGGAUGGAAGCUGGUAUGAGGGUGAACUCAGCACCGACAAGAUGCCACGUCACACUUCAAUCACUGCCGUCGGGUGGUAUAAAUCGAACCCGCAUAUACGCGUUUACUGCCAAGAUGGUAAGAAUAACAUUGUGACGUACAAGUCGGAUAAUGGAUGGCGCUCCAAUAGUAAAGUUAUUGGACCUCUGGGGCCUGGAAGACAUACGUCAGCCCUCGAAUGGGGCAAUGGGAGCGAUGUGAAGUUGUAUCACCAGGCGGACGACGAUAAGAUCUAUGAACACGUCCAAUCUAACGGCAAGGAUUGGCAUCAGGGAGAUUUCGUUAGCUCCUAA